AUGGAAACACCAUCCACGAGACUUGUUCUGGCCUCUGAAAUCUCGAGCUUGCCUUGUCAAGCAGCGGCAGAGUUAACCCCGCUGCGUGCAGGCCGCCCUCUCCUCCAAGCGGCUGUCCAACCACAAACACCAAACCCAUCAACACCUGACUUAUGCUGGGACGAUACCCCAAUAGUAUCAUCAAUUCUGAAUACACCAGAAGAUGAAUCCGACUCAGAGGAUGACGCGGCACUUCCUCUCUCCCCAACGGUCGCCCGUGUACAUCGUGCAAGGCUGAGAAGACCCACACCUAUUCCCUUUCAUCUCUCAUCUCCACCCACCAUUGACAGCAUCGUCAAAUCCAAUUCUCUUGCCUACUUUGAUCCCACUGUCUUGACCAAGGAGUUUGUCAGUAUCGAUAAUUCAAAUGCAACGCCCCUGGAUACCGUGGAAGAUGAAAAUAAAUUGGAAGACACCCACGACAGUUUCUUGUCUGAUACACAAUUUAGUAUGCCUCAGCAAGGUCAUGCCUCCUCAUGCAGGUGCAUUUUAGGUGGUCAUAAUGAUGAUGCACUCAAAAUAGAAGGAAAGGAUCCUGUCCUGCAACCUGAAGUGCGAGAAGACCCACAUAAAGUCCCAUCCACUCCCAGUCAGUGCGAUACUCCUACCACCUCUGACACGGCGAAACCCAAUGACAAUGUCGAGCCCCAAUGUGAAUCGGCCGUAAGCGCCCUGGCCGAUUGGCUGGCAACACUCACGACGCAGAGUGAUCCUGACACAGAGAAUGUCGAGCCUCUUGAUGGCUCAACUGACGCAGACGGUUUUCUCGCUGUUGCGGUCUCAUGGGUCCCCAGUGCCACCCUGCUGCAGCUUUUACCAGUUGAUGUGAUGGCAAGGCUACGGUGUAGUCCAAUGCGUUGCGUUGCAAACACGGUGAGAGGUCCCAAGACUGGCAGGUGUAGGAACGACAACGCAGCAAAACUGACAAAGGAGCACGUCGACGAGUUACUGGAGGGUAUUCGCACUCUCCCAUCACUUCUCGAGAUCCAUGAUAUUAUGAGAAUUGUCCAAGACUUAGGAACUCGGGCAUUUUGCCAGAUCAAGCACUUGGAACCAGCUCAGAAAGAAUUCUCAGAGCUCGGUUCUGACGCGGAUCUCAGAGAUGCAGAAACCCGUUGCGCGACCACCGCUGACAGCAAGAUAGACACGCCGAACCCUCACAGCGCUCUGCAAGCUUGGGCCCAGAGUCGUCUUAAGUCGCCUAUGUGCAACCAGUCCAUGGUUGAAGGCGAAAGUCCAGAAAAUAACAACGAAUCUAGGAUUGGACCUAAAGACAAGGAUGAUCAAACGAGCGGCGACCUCAGCAGGGCCAAGAGAAAGAAAGUGGAAGCUACCAUAUUCACGCGCGAAGUAAGUUCGGACCGAGCUACCUUAUUCACGCGCGAAGUAAAUUGGGACCGACUCCAGCGGAAAAUGAUUGACCGACCACGUCCGGAAAGUCUGGUCGCCUUAAGAGAGACUGAGUUCAGCCCAGAUACUCGAUCAACACACCUUCAUAUGGACUUUCGACCAUACUGCCCAAAAGCCCAUAUGAAGAAAUCAGCCUCUCAACGGAUUCGUGAGGUGCUCGAGGAACCUUUAGGCCCAAAAAAGGAGGGCUACAUUUACAUUUACUGGCAUCCUGGGAGUUUUGGCUACGUUAAAAUCGGACGCUCCAACAACAUUAAGAGGCGACUUAGAGAAUGGCGACAGAGAUGCCAUGUUGAAGUCGAACAGGUCAUCAAUUCAGGCGAAGAACUGCAAUUCAAAGUUCUUUAUGUAGGCCGAAUCGAGAAACUUAUUCACGCCGAGCUCAAAGAAUAUCAGAUGGAAGAGCCUAAAUGCCGAGGCUGUGACGGAAAGCACAGGGAAUGGUUCCACGUUAGCCCUAACCUGGCAUUGAAGGUAGUUCAAAAAUGGGUGAAACUUCAACCAUACGAGGGAGGGGUUCUAAACCAAAGCCUCACGGAGACUGAGAUCGAUGAGAUGUGUGAGGUGACUCCUUCGGAAGAAGCUGUCGAUCGCAAGAUAAAACGACGGCCUCAAACUCCUCUUGCUACCAAGCGUUCGAGGCGAUCGAGCGCACGGGUCGAACUUGUCGACGAACAUGUCACAUCUGGGGAGGACGUUACCAACCACAUAUCAAAGUGGCGGUUCCCUCCGUUACCUGACUACUCUUCGCCGGCUCUCCCUCUGCCGCUUUUUGACGAUAAGGCGAGCCUACCGAUUCCUACGGUGGCCCUGCUUACGGAUCCAAUCGUUUCAUAA